AAAACUUCUCGCCAUCCAGUGAAGGAGAAACAUCGAUAGUUGAAACCCAUUUUUACCUUUUCCACGACUCCUGCAACUAAUGCAAAGUGGGUGUUGCGGCGGCACCAUUCUCAUGGAAUGUUUUUUUUUUCUGUUGAGCUCACGUCCAUCUUAGAGUCACCCUUCACUGGAGGGACGAACAGGGCAUCCCCCAACCCUUACUCCUCGCUACCGACAAGGGAUAGUGCAACCUGAUGAUGCCCCUGGCGGUCAAACUUUGCCUUUUCGGUCCCAGCAAAUCAUGGCUGGAGAACCCGUUCAACCUAUCUUUCUCUUUACCAAUUGUGCUUCUCUUCCAGCUCUUCCUCUGCCUGUUCUCUCUUCUCCUUUCUCUAAUUGUUUCUUAACCCCCUUCGACUCGAUCUAGCGUGCGUUUGCCCCCCUCCGCUGGGCCGACUACUCCCCUCAAGCCUCUUUCCUUCCUCACCUUUUUGUCAACUCCACUCACUCCUUUUUUUUCUUUUUUUGCUAAUUUCUCAUCCAUUCAACUCCCCCUUCCUUUCCUUCCUACGUCCUUCCUGUUUUUCGCAGGGAUAUUGUUCGCUCAAGUGGUGUUGCUCACGGAAAGGAUUUUUGAAGAGCCCCAUUUCGCCCCAAAACAAUGGCAGCUGUGCCACCGCAACCCAUCCAAGAUUCUUUGCUCGGGGUCGGGCAGCAGCCGACACUCACUUCCAAUAUCAAGGAGAAUUUCGAAAAGUUUGCAUCAAUUUUUGAACCGACUACUGGUGAGAGGCUGAUGACCAGAGAGAAUUUCAUUGAUGCGAUCGCGCCCCCGGAUCAGGAUUUCCACAAAAUUAAACGAGAUCAGUACUCGAUCCUCUUCGAUAUCGCGGAUAGGCGCAGACAAGGUGUACUGAACAUUCAAGACUGGGCAACGUUUGAAGACCUUCUUGCCAAACCUGAUGCGGAAUAUCAAAUCGCCUUCAGACUUUUCGAUGUGGAGGGAAGUGGUUGUGUGAAAUACGAUGACUUUGUGACGUUCUAUACCCGCAGCAAAGGGCCCAGUAGCCUACCUUUUGAUUGGACCAGCGAGUGGGUUGCACUUUACCUUGGGGGUAAGAAUGGCCGAAGGAACCUUUCAUAUCCUCAGUUCUCACAGAUGCUUCGAGGACUUCAUGAUGAGCGUGUCAGGCAAGCCUUUUGCCUCUAUGACAAGAACAAGUCCGGCUCUAUUGAGCCCGAGGACUUCGAACGAAUUAUUCUUGAGACUUCGAAACACAAACUCUCCGAUCAUCUUCUCAACAAUCUCCACACAUUAUCCCACAUAUCGGCUGGGUCAAAAAUAAGCUAUGCAAACGUACGCGCCUUCCAGAACGUCGUUCGAGAAAUGAAUAUGAUCGAUCUUAUCAUUCGGAAUGCUACUGCCAAAUCAACCGAUGGCAAGAUUACCAGGACCGAUUUCAUGAAUGAGGCAGCAAAGAUCACUCGUUUUGAUCUCUUCUCUCCUAUGGAGACAGACAUUCUCUUCCAUUUUGCAGGACUCAAUAAUACCUCCGGGAAGCUUUCUAUUACCGAUUUCUCCCGUGUGCUCGACUCCUCAUGGCGAGAGCCCCAGUUCCACCCACCACCUAUUGUUACCGGAUCUCUUCCUACAAUUCCUUUCAUAUUACACAAACACGGGAUUUUUGGCCAAGCCUUGGAUGCAGCAUUCAAUUUCGCGCUGGGAUCAGUUGCUGGUGCAUUUGGGGCCACGAUUGUAUACCCUAUCGACUUGGUGAAGACUAGAAUGCAGAAUCAGCGCAGCAAAGUUGUCGGAGAGCUCAUGUAUAAGAACAGUAUUGACUGCGCCAAGAAGGUUAUUCGCAACGAAGGCUUCCGCGGCCUUUAUAGUGGCUUGGGUCCACAACUUAUUGGUGUUGCGCCCGAAAAAGCCAUCAAACUUACGGUUAAUGACUUGGUAAGAGCGAAAGCCAAGAGCAAAGACGGAGAGAUCUCCUUACCUUGGGAGCUCAUCGCCGGUGGGUCUGCUGGGGCUUGCCAAGUUGUGUUCACCAACCCUCUCGAAAUUGUCAAGAUUCGCCUGCAAGUACAAGGGGAGGUGGCCAAAAAUGUUGAAGGUGUCCCCCGGCGCUCGGCCUUAUGGAUAGUGAAAAAUCUCGGUCUUGUAGGCUUAUACAAGGGAGCGAGUGCAUGUUUGCUCCGUGAUGUUCCAUUUUCGGCAAUCUACUUCCCAACCUAUUCUCAUUUGAAGAAAGAUUGGUUUGGCGAGAGUUUGACCAAAAAGCUUGGUAUUCUACAACUUCUCAUAUCCGGUGCCAUGGCAGGUAUGCCAGCUGCUUACCUCACAACUCCUUGUGAUGUAAUCAAAACCAGGCUACAAGUGGAGGCAAGGAAGGGACAGACUCACUAUCGUGGAUUAAUCCAUUGCGCCUCAACUAUCUGGCGUGAGGAGGGAUUCAAAGCUUUCUACAAAGGUGGUCCGGCGAGAAUUCUUAGAAGCUCUCCACAAUUUGGAUGCACCCUCGCCGCAUAUGAGGUUCUCCAAACCCUUUUCCAUGCGCAAGGAAACAAUACUACUGAAUCCAAGGGUUCCGCCGCUGGCAUUCAAUCCACAACUAUGCCAUCCCGGGUAAUUGCGCCACUUCCGUACUUGCGCAGCAGGAAUGCUCUCAAGUUGAUCUUGGUUUACCCCCCCCCUCCGAUUCUUCAUCUCAUCAGGCUUUCCCUACUUACACUCUUUGCCCAGGAUAUUGAUGAGAACAUUGGCCGCCCGAAGCAUCCUCGCACAAAAGAGGCAUUCGCUUCGAUACCUGGUCUUGCAAGGGCCCAACAGCGCUAGACACCAAGUGUUGCAGAUAACGAAAAAGGUUCGGAGUUUGUCUUUGAUUGCAAGAAAGAAAAUACCUCCUAGACUUUUAGAUUAGAUUUCCGAACACCUAGAAUUAGCUUUAUUUCUAGACAAGUACUCAUAC